GUAAGUGUUCGAGGACUUGCUAAGGUGUGAUAACUCGGGAGUUCUGCAGCGUGAAAACAUCCACAAUGGUGUCAACAAGAUUCAUGAGCGUGUGUCUAGCUGUGUCAGUGUUGCUCGUCUACACCUUGACCAGUGUCCAGUCGGCACCAACCACCAAACGAGCACCACCCACGACCAAAGCACCACCGACCACCAAAGCACCAGUUAAGAAAGCACCAAAGACGACAAAACCACCACCUACAACGGCAAAGCCAAAACCACCCCCGAAGUCGAAACCACCUCAGACCCCGCAACCACCUCCGCCAACACCACCACCUACAAUCAUAGCACCUCAGCCAUGUCAGGAUGUUGUCUGUGCUGCUGUCGCCUGUGACGCCCCCAUCCUGACAGAAGGUGAAUGCUGCCCAACCUGUCCAGCAACCAGCUGUGAAGUGUUUGGCGCCCAGAUCCCUAUAGGAGAGACCCACUACUUCUCUGCUGACAUGUACUGUGUCUGUGAAUCUACAGAGUCUAUGUACUGUGUCGCCUAGUGAGUUGCCAGAACAAAGGUCUUCGCACUAUGCCAAAAUAAAACAUGAAAAAUAA